AUAAUAAUAUAUAUAUUAUAUAUAUUUGUGUUUGUUAUUCAUGGAUUUGCGUAUUGUAUUUCUAUGUGUGUUCAAUUUUAUAACGAUUCAUGGAGAGGUGCCCAUUGACCUUAGGCCAGGAAAUCCAGAAAAACUGAUGCCCAGCGUAUGCCGCAAGGAUGUUAACGGUACCAGCUUGAGCGUAGAGAUUCGUCUGCCGUUCAUGGAGAUGGAGCUGCACCACGAACGGCAUCUGUUGGUGUUGCGGGCGCCGCAACUGCUGCUGGUGCUCCAUGGCCACGAGCUGUUCCAGCUGCAACUGUCAGGCAAGGACAAGCGACUGCUGCGUCUGGGCGAGCUGGCGGGGCGUGUGCGGCAGCAGUUGGCCACAGCAGCCGCUGUUGUCCUCUGGCGAGAGUAUCUAUUGCUGGCCGUGGCGCUGCCGGAGUCACUGGAAUUUUAUCAACUGCCACAGCAAGCCAUGCUGGAUGCCCGGCAGCUGCAGUUCGAGCCCAUUCAAGAGUUCGCCCUGGCUGGCAGCAGCCUGCAACAGCUUCAUUUGCUGCAGCCAAAUGCAGAUCAGGUGCUGCUGCUGCUAACCUUCAAUGUGUCCCACAGCCAGGCCAGAUGCAGAACCUACGAAUGGCUGGAAACGUAUUUCAAUCCCGUGGAGGAGCUUAGCUUGCCGACCAUUAAAGCCUUCCAGGUGGUGGGCCGUGAGCCCCAUUACAUAAUCACGGGACGAUCGCUGCGAGGACAAGCUAGGCUCGUGCUGUCCGUCUAUGAGCUGGUUACACCAACAUUGCGCCUGUUGCGCCGCCAGAGCCUCACGGUACAGGCGCGCCACGUGCUGGCCGUGCGUUUUCGUGGUCGCAAUCUAAUCUUCGCCUGCCCCAGCAUCAGCAGCAGCAGCGGCGGCUCAUGUAUCCUCUUCCGCAUGGUCGAUGGCAACUUUGUGGUGUAUCGGAAGCAUGUGCUGCGACAGCUACAAUUCAGUCACCUGGCCGCCUCCGAACAGGGCCAGCUGCUGGUGGGAGCACGUGCCAAUGGCGAGAUGCUGGUGUUCAAUAGCCAACGCCUCGAUUGCUACAGCGGCUUUGGAGCCGAUGGCCAAGCGGCAGGCAUUUACACCCAUCGCAAUCCACAGAACGAAAGCUUUGUACUCCUGAUGUAUCAACGGGAUCCAAGCACCACGACGCUGCGCAUGGUGCAGCUGGGCGGGACCAACGAGCCAGCCAGCCUGGCCGCCAAUCUGGAAGGGAACGAUGAUCUGAGCAGUGUGCAGCAACAUCGUCACGAGUUCGAGCAGGCAAUCCAUGGACUGCGCAGUCGGCUGCUGCGUCGCAAGCAACAAGUGGAUGCACUGCAUCAGCUGAUGCAAUCACUGAUGCUGCAUCAGCCGCAGUUCAAUCAGACCCAACCAUUGCACGUCCAGAGCGGCUCACGCAUUGAGCUGGUGCAGCUGCAUGGUAAUCAUCUGGCCAGCCCCGUGCAGCUGCAGCAGCGAGUGGAGCAACUGCGUCAUCAAUAUGCGCACAGGCGCAACAGGCGCUCCUUUGGUGUGGGCAAUGCAUCCUAUGCGGGCACACUGGAUACGCUCAAGGCGAAACGUUUGCAUGUCCAGAAUCUUAUCUACCACGGGGAACUGCUGCCAGGCUACUCUGUGGAGUCUGCCGAACCGCCGGCCAUACUUAGCAUCAAGGGACAGCUGCUCACCAAGCAGCUCCACACACAGGAGCUACUCAUUCCACCCAGCAGCAAGCAGCAGCCAGAGCGCACACCGGCUAACCAUAUGGUGGUGCGACAUCUCCAAGUGGAGCGCAUCAACAAUGUCUCCUGGUUUGACUUUUACGACUCGCUCUUCCUGAAAACGCGCGACAACAAGGUCGAGGGUCGUCUUGUCUUCCAGCUGCGCGCUCGCGUUGUCAAUCUUCAGACUCCGCUGCUGAAUGGGCUGGUGGUGCAGCAGCUCUUCAAUUUGCGUCAGCCCCAGGUGGUGGCCUCCAAUAUAUUCAUGUCCGCCUUCUAUGCGCCCAAGCUCGAUGCCAAGCUCGUUAACGGCCUCAACUUUGCCGAGGAUAUUGUGUUCCGCGGCGACAGGAAUACCCUCAUUAAAACGCCCGUUCGCAUCUACCAGAUGAGCGUCUCGGGCGAUAUUCUGGUCGCAAACAUGACCAAGUGGGCACGUCAAAUGCCAGCCGAGGGUCCACAUCAAUCCUCCAAUCUACAGCAGUAUUAUAUGGGCAGGAUCACGGUGAACGGCUCUAUCACGGUGAACAAUUUGCUGGCGGACACGCAGGAAACGCGCAUGAUGCUAUUGGGACAAUCUCUGCGUGCACAAGACUUGCACACGGACUAUCUAUUGCUGAAUAAAUCGCAGGACCUACAAAAACUGGUAUUUGGCAAUGCCAAGGUGACAACAGGCGCCUUGAGCACUCAGCAUAUCAAUGGACAUCCAACGGCUGAGCAUCUGCUCAGCGGUGCAGAAGAUGAUCCCGUGGCACGAGCAUCCAGAAAGCCGUCUCAUCUGAUCUUCAUGAAUGCCCGGAUAGAUGGGAAUGUCUACUGCGGCAAUUACAGCAGCCGGCUGGCUCAGCUGGCCACAGACGCAGUGCGCCAGGGCGAGACGGCCAGCAUAACGGGCAGCAAGCGAUUCGAGGCGCCACUGGAGCUGGACACGCUAUCUAGCCAGGUGCUCAAUGGACUGCCCGUCUCCGAGCUGGUGCUGAAGGGGCAGCUCGCGCAGAAUUUCACCAGCCUCAAGUACUUUCCACGCAUUGUGGUCAAGAGUCACGUGGAGAUUGCCGGCAAUUUGUCCGCCCAGCGUCUGAACCAUUUGAAACUGUCGCAGCUGCUGCAGCCGGCUUAUGGUCUGCAGCGCCUAGAGCUGACGGAAAGGCCCAAUUUGCAGAGCCUGAUCUUUCAGCGACUCAACGGCCUGGCCUUCGACGAGCUGCUCGGCAAGAUGAGCGUGCCCAGCGGGCAGCAGGAUCGCGGGCCGCAGCCACCACUCCUGCUGCACAAGCAGCUCAUCAUCGAGGGCAACGUGCGCUUCGAUCGGCCGCUCCAGCUGCAGACUCUCAAUGGCAUCCACUGGGAUGAGUAUGUGAGCCGUUUGGUUGGCGCGAAUGCCAACAGCGUCAUCGCCGGCCAGAAGCACUUCCAGGAGCAGGUGCUGAUUACGGAUGCGCUGCAAGCGCCGAGCCUGAAUGGCCUUGACCUGUCCGCUCUGCUAGAGGACACGCUGCUGCGCACCACGCCCCAAUCGAUUGGCGGCAUCUACAGCUUCGAUCGGCUGACGGCCAGCAACGUGGAUGUGGGUCAGGUGAAUGGUGUGCCAGCGAGCAGCUUUGUGGAUCUGCGCCAGGAAGCAUUGCAACUGCAGGGUGAUCUCUAUGUCAGCCAGCUGCAGAUCAAUGGCAGCCUAAGCUGUGAGCUGGUCAAUGAUCCGCAACUGCCACAACUGGAGCAGAAGCUGACGGCGUUGCAGCAGCGCAGCUGGCGUCGUCUAACGGUGCUGGGCGAUGCUCUGUGGAAUGGAGAGAAUGCCUCCAAUCCGCAGCUGGACUAUCUGCGUCGGCAUGCGGUGCGUCGUCGCGGCAAGCAAACCAUCUCCGGACAUGUCAUCCUACAGCAGCCGCAUCUUGGCCAGCUGCUGACCAGCCAAAGUUUUCCCAGCCAGCUCAAUCUCAGUCACAUAGCCGAGGAUGCGCUGCUGCGAAAUGCACCAAGCACACAGCUGGUGAAGGCGCCGCAGAUGCUGCUGCAGGCGGUGCGCGCACGCUCCAUCAACCUGCUGAGCGAUGGCCAGUUCGAGCUGCUAAAUCACAUCGAUCUGCGCCGGCUGAAUGCCUCGCUCUAUCGACGCUCCAGCGGACAGCCAAUAGGAGCACAACUUCACUUCCAACUGCCGCCGGAUAUAGAGGAGCUGCAAGUCCAAGGACAGCUCAAUGGCGGCCAUGUGGCGAGCAUCUUCGAGCAGGCAGCAGAUGUUGUGUGGCCGCCCGUUCGUAUGGAGCGAUUGCAAUUGGAACAGCAGCUGCAGCUGGACGAGAUCAAUGGCAUGAGUCUGGAGUACCUGCUGGAGCAGCGCGUGCCACUUCAUGGCGCCUCCUUGGAGCACUUUGGCGCACUUCAAUUCGAGCAGCUGGAGCUGGGCGAGCGCUGCCUGCUGCGCACCAUCAACGGGAUUCCUUUGCAGAAUGUCGUCUACCGACAUGGCCAGCGGCCGCAGUUGAUUAGCGGCCCGAAGACCUUCGCCAGCGGCAUACGCCUCGAGGGCCCCACCCAUAUUAUGCGGCUCAAUGGCCGCGAUCUCAGCGAGAGCUAUCAGCAGAGCAUCUACACAGAUCGCGAUUACAGCAUCGAUAGCUUAGUGCUGGAUGACGCGCGCUUCGAGGGCGGCCUGCUCGUGGAUGCGUCCAUAAGUGAAGCGCGAGAAGCGCGCCUGGAGACGCAGCCCCAGAACGUUGCACGCCAGCAGCUGCGUCAGCGUCUGCUCCAGUUGGAGCAGCAGCUACAGCAGCAACGUGCCAAUCGCAGCCAGCGCCUGCUCUAUCUGGACUACGAACAGCCGCCGCUCGAGCUGACUUGGAGUGAGCCCACAGCGGAUGAGUUGCUCGAGCUGGCAGUGGCGCCACAAGCGGCACAGCCGACUGGCAUCUGCCACCUGCAGCAGCUGCAGGCCCAGUUCUCCAGGCAACUGCAGCGCGUGCACUUGAGCAACGUCAGCCUGGCCAGCCACCUGCUGCGCGCCAGCUCCGACCGGGCUGCCAUACGGGUCAAGGCGCAGAACUAUUGCCAACAGCAGCAGCCGAUGGCACAGUUUCGGGCGCGCAUGCACAUCAGCUGCCGUGGCCACGCCCACACGCUGGGUCUGCGCCAGCACGUGGAGCAGCUGCAGCUGCACGAUCAGCAGGACUACAGCCUGCUCUUGAUCAGCAGCCCGGACGAGGUGCGCGUGCUGCGCGUGAAUCAUACGAAUUGCAGCCUCAGCGAUUGGCAAUCGGUGCAGCCCGCCGCCGCCGGCCGCCUGAUGAAGCUCAUCCAGCUGGAGGACAAGGAGAGUGGCCGCCCGUUAACUCUGCUGCUGACGAAUGGACUGCAGCACUUGGAGCAUCUGCCGGUGCUGGCAGUGCAUCGCCUGGACGCACAGAGCCAGCGCUUCGAGCUGUUGCAGCACAUCGAGGGCGACUACGAUCUGGCCGAGCUGCAGUCGGAGCAGCUGCUGCUCAGCUGCUACAGCUGUCGGCACAUCUCCAUUUAUAGCUUUCAGCAGAAGAGUCAACAGUUUGCGCCGCUCCAGCAGCUGCACUUGGCCGCACGCAUCCAGCAGCUGCUGACCUUUGCCGUUGCCCAGGAGCGACAUUUGCUGGUGCUGACUCUGCCCGGCUCCAAGCACUUCCAUCUCUUCAGCUACGCCCACAUCGAGGGCUGGCAGCAGCGCACCUAUGGCCACAUGGCCGACUUCCAAUGGUCCUGGCCACUGAUCCGCUCCGGCCAGCAGCUAACCAGCUCCACGUCCGUGCUGCUGCUCUGCGGGCAACGCUUCUGCAGCCUGGUCACAGCUCUGCUCGAUUAGCAUCGAUUCCAUGCCUUGUCUCGUCAGCUCAGACUGUUAUCAGGGGCAUUCCUUGCAUUACUCUU